GUAUGAGCAGUAAUGGAGGGCUUUGAAUAGUUGAACUGCUUAGCUUGCUCGGUAGUAUCUAUUUAAAUUCGAUAUCUUGUUGUAGGCUACACAUUCGAACCAUGUUAUCCCCUCAACAACCGUGAGGUUAGUAGGCUAAUGACGUUGGCUUCUAGAAUACUGUGUUGCAGACCCCAGUCUAGAAAACAGUUGGUUGCGUCAUCAUCAAAUACCUCAUGAAACCUUUUUUCUCCACCUUCCCUCAGUUGCUGUCCUUGGUGCUGGAACAGCGUUUUAUAAUACAAGGGAUGUGGAUGGAGAAAGUAAAGGAAAUCAGCUUGUUGACUUUAUUGGAUGUAGUGUUUUAGUGCGACCACACAUUACCAAUAUGUUAGAUUUACUCAUGAUUAAGUAAUUGGUUAAUUCAUUUGUUAUUUAGAGAGCCUUCUAUGGUGUCAGCUUAUUCAGUGACUUUCUCAGCAUGGUAGGACAGAUAAUGGGGAUCAUUCCUGAGUUCAAAUUCAAUGCUUUGUCCUGAGUUCAAAUACAGUGACCAACAGUGACCCGUGAUCUGUAGCCCUAUAUUAGAAUCACACUUUAUCCUAACCAAUACCCUUAACAAUUAGCUGAAACAACUUAAAUAUAUGAUCAUUGUUUACCUACACAGUAAGCAGAAGCAACAAACCAGUAAGCACACAGUAUAGUGACAGUAGUAACAGGUUCCCACCAGUAGAGUCCACCAUGGAAGGUAUGGGCAGAGAGCGGUGCUGUGUCAUCCUUGCCAAGGUAGCAUGUGGUUUUACACGGAGUCACACACGAUCCACUCAACAUGAGGCAGGAGGAUACUGACAGUCAUUCUCUGUGGGUAGGAGAGUCCAUGUUGCUUUUGUGAGUUUAAAUCAGUCUGUCCGGUGCAUCAUGCAGACAGGAGCUCACCUGCUUCUCUGUCUCAUCCUGCACUAUAUGGAAGCUGCAGAGGCGUCACAGUGCUGGCAGGGUGCGACCUACUCAGAGGCUGUGGUCUCCCCGGCCCUGAGGAGCAGCAAUAUCUUGCGGGUGCCAGACGUGUCAUCUCUGGCGCAGUGUGCCGGGGCGUGUUGUGAUGUGCCCGGUUGUAACCUGGCCUGGCUGUUUGAGCAUUGCUGCUACAUCCUCAGCUGCCAGCAGAGGGAGAACUGUCAGCCCAGACAGAGACCUGGAGCUGAUUCCUAUAUGGCCUUCCUGCAGAGAGGACCCCCCCAUUCCCUGCUGCUCCAGUCUCUGGUCAGGGGGGAGCCCUACCCCAGUCGCUGGAGGCCCCGACCCUCUGGGGACGUGGAGGCCCUGAAGGACCUAGCCCUGUUAGAUGGGCCCCAGACGGAUUUUGGUGACCCAGGUGGGAUGGAUUUGGAAUACCCUGAGAGUGAACUUGGCCACGAGGAUAACGGUGGGGAUCUUCCAGAUUGGCCUGCAGCAUUGGAAGGGAGGGAUGGUUUCAACCUAUCGGAAAGUGAAGGCAGGUUAGAGGGGCUGAGAUUUGCAACAGAAGGGGCUGAGGGUAGCCUGCCCAGUCCUUCCACUGGGGCGACAGUCAACCAGGGGGCACCCCCCGGUGAACCCACGCCUGGCGAUACACCUGAAAACAAGAAAGAUAGUGAACUACAGAACACAUCCUUGGCCAGCUCAGGGCCAACAUUCACGCCCAAACCACAGAAUGACAGUGUUCACUCCUCCCAACCGAGCCAAAUAAGGACUUCCCAUCCCAAUAAAGCCCCAUCUCAUCUGUCCAGUACUGUACCCCUGACCACAUCCACACAGACAGAGCUAACGUUGCCCAGGGACACAGUGGAGCUGGUAGCCUCCGUUGGCCCAGAGCCCCAAACUGGUACAGUCACAAACACAAGGGUUUUUACAAGCAUGAUCGGAAGUUUAUUUCCUGGAUUAAUUAGAAAGGGCACACAGCAGUCACACAUUGCUGACAGUCCUAAUGGAUGGCAUAUCUCUUACCUUACAGCGGCGAGAAGGAACCACACCCCCAAAGCCGUCACCCUCCCAGUAACCGAGGUCGUGUCACUUCCUGCCAGCUCAACCAUCAUCAAUGGCAGCCAGAGUUCUGAUGAUGGAGUGAUCAUCAGCCAUCACUGGGAGCAGGUUGGAGGUCCAUCCAUAGAGCUUGGAGCUUUCUCGGACACACAGAUUCUCAACCUAUCCAACCUUGCCCCUGGGGAGUACACGUUCAGGUUGACCAUUACAGAUUCUGCCGGGUUGUCAGACUCCACCACGGCUACAGUGAAGGUUAUUCAGCCAGUGGAGAAUGACCGACUGCCCUACCCCAGCCAUGACACCCUCACUCCCACCUCCAGCCCUGGCCUUGCUGCUACCCUGGCCCACAGACAGGGUGACCCUACUGCAGCCACCUCCUCUGUCACUACCGCUGCCACUCAGAUGACAGAGAACAAAAGCACCCCCAUAGCUGAGGUCAAGGAGUCAAACGGAGCCCCUGUGGCUGUAGUAGGUCCUAACAGGCAGCUGACCCUCCCAGUGACCAGCGUUACCCUGGACGGAAGCAGCAGCACUGAUGACCACGCCGUCACUAGCUACCACUGGGACACCAUCAGAGGUCCUCCAGGGUCAAGGACAGAGGGUUUGGACAAGCCUGUAGCCAUAGUAACGGGCCUCAGAGCGGGCCGCUACACAUUUAGUCUGACUGUGAGUGACCAGGAAGGGCUGACAGACAGUGCCUUUCUCACAGUCAGGGUUCAAGAGGCCAGAAGCCUUCCCCCUGUAGCACAUGCCAGCGGCAGCCAUACCCUCACCCUGCCCAACAACUCCCUGGUGCUCAGAGGCUCAGUGACGGAUGGUGACCCAGCCGAGGUGCACUUCCUCUGGGUCCGGGACAGUCAGAGCCCUGCUGCUGGGGACGUGCUGUAUGGUUCGGAGCAGCAGGCCUUCUUGUGCCUGGCCAACUUGGUGGAGGGCACCUAUCUGUUCCAGCUGCAUGUCACAGACACCCAGGGACGCAGCAGCACCGCCACAGCCACCGUGGAAGUGCGGCCAGGUAGAUGUGUGUGUGUUCUCAGACUGUGUUUCCCCACGGACCAUGACGAGCAUGAGGAGGAAGAGCUGAACAGCACGUACAGCAUAUGUGUGUUCUGUCAGAGUGGGUAUGUUCUCUGUGUGUCCACAGACCCUGGUGGUCGUGAGGAGGUGGAGGUGGAAAUGUUGGUGGCGCUGGCCCAGGUGAGUGUGUCACAGAAGGACACGGUGCUCAGACAGUUGGCAGCACUGCUCCACGUCCUGGACAAUGACAUCCACCUCAGGGGCCUAUGGGGACACUCAGAUCUCAGCACAGUGCUGAGGUUCUCAGUGCAGGGUCCUGAGAGGCCAGUGCCUGGUCCUAAACUGGCCAGUGUGCUGCGUGGUCAGCUGCUGAGGGAGAAGACUGACUACCUGCUCUUCAGAGUCCUUCGAGUGGAUACAGUCAUGUGCUUGCUCCACUGCUCGGGCCGUGGGACGUGUGACCCAAUCACCAAGGAGUGUGUCUGUGACCCCUUUUGGACGGAGAACGUCAUUCGCAGGUUCUUUGGCGAUGGAGAGAGCAACUGUGAGUGGCGGGUUCUCUACUUCAUCCUGUCCUUCUUCAUGGUCAUUGUCUUCAUCGUGACAGUCACCUGGGCGUGUGUGUACUGCUGCAAAAGGAGGAGUCGCACUAAGGUGAGGAAGAAAACCAAGUACACUAUACUGGACAACAUGGACGAACAGGAGAAAAUGGAGCUAAGGCCCAAAUACAACAUCAAACACAGGAGCACGGAGCACAACUCCAGCCUCAUGAUGUCUGAGUCAGAGCUGGACAGUGACCAGGACACCAUCUUCAGCCGAGACCGACCGGUCCGGAGCAGAAACCGGACCAAUGCUCAGGCUGCCCGCAACGGGAACACCUUCGGAUGAGCAGGAACACACGGAACUGGGGUGGUUAUCAGACAACAUGAGUGAAACCCACUUUUGUGAUUAUAGCAGGGGUGCACAGCUCGAGUCCUCGAGUGCCAUAGUGUCUGCUUGUUUUCGGUCUCGUCUUCUAUUCAAAUAAUGGUUUCAACCAGGUGUGUACUUUCUAUGACAUUCAUUGGACAACUCAGCACCAGGGAGAUGUGAAAAUCCAAGGGCUGUAGAAUACUAGAGUUGGGCAUCCCUGGAUUCUGGGAACUAACAAUAGCAUUGAGUUUACAUGCAUACAGACUGUUUGAAUGAUUCGACACCAAGUAUGAAGGUGCUCUUUGUGAGUAGCACAGUGAGGUUCUGUGGCCUCACAUACUUCUACAGAUAACCAGAUUGGUGAAUGUACAUACAACUAUCCAUUAUGCAUACUAGUCUACCGACUACUACUGACCUUUAACUUUGCCUUGUUAUCCAAUAAUGUUUUUUUUACUGUCUUUAUUUGAUAGGAGAUGGAGACAAGCCCAACCCUGGUUGUGAGCGUCUGGCGCCUCUCCUGUAAAUGAUUUGUCAAAAUGGCUUGAGUGCACGUUUGGGGAAAAGUCUCAUAAUUCUUAUGUUUACUCCCCAAAGUCCAUCUUGUGAUGCUACUCGUGAAUGAUUUAAUCAGAAUCUAACUCAAUUUCUCUGUGAUCUCUCUCUAUGAGUGUCUUGGACUUUGACACAAUACAACACAGCAUUUUACUGUAUCUGAACUACUGUUUUGAGUUAGCGCCCUUGUCCUCCAAACUAGUUGUAUAGUUUUGGUAUCCUUCUCAUUUUAAAGCUUUUUAUGCUAAAUAAGCAUAAUGGGUCUCAUAAAUGGGCCUGAAGAAACAUAACCAGGCAUUUCAUGGGACAAUCAGGUGCCAAACUCCACUAUGCACCAUAAGCCUGUGGCUGACAGAGACCCUGUUCUAUCCAAGUACUUGGCAAAGCAUCCUUUCUUCCUUCCCUUGGUAAGAUCUAUUAUCUAACUUGAACAUGGUGGGUGACAUGCUUUCAAUCAGUAAUUCCUUUGUGUAAUGAUGGAUGUUUUGCCUCCUGAAUUCAGUGUCAGAGAAUGUCUGCUUACAUGAGUAUAGUGCAAAAUAAUGAUUGACAGGACAGUCAGGACACACAGUUUAAGAGUUAAGAAGAGGACUGUUGGAUUUGAUAAGUAACGUUACUAUGCAGGACAGGUAGCCAUUGAUGGAAUGGAUAAAAUACUUUAGACAUUAUAGCAACAUCAGCAUGUCCAAUGGUUGCUUUACAUUUUUUGUUCUCGUAAGCGACUGGGGAGAUAUUUCCCCAAUAUGGACGGAAACACUAAUAGUCAUGGAUUUUUCCCAUUACACCACCCAAUUUUUGGUAUAUACUUUGGUUUACUUAACUAAUUACAGCUACCAAUGUUUUUACAGAUAAUAUAUUGCCGGAAAUAAAACAAAUGCAUCAAAUCAA